AUGCUAGCGCUUUUUGCGAGCCUGGUGAGUCAAAACUGUGGACAGAUGCGGCUGUGUUUGAUUGCAAACCACGUUGGCUUAGCCAGUGGUGCAGCCGCUAUCAUCGGAGGUUUAUUAGUUUUGAGUGGUUUUCGCUUCCUUCCUUUGCUCGGCAAGAAGGGGCUUUUGGCUGUGACACAGUUAAGCAAUCGUGUUGGCAUAAUCAUCUAUUUUUUGCUUGCUGAAGUUGAUCGAGUGAACUGUCAAACAGAAAGGCAAGAAGCAGAAGCGUUACAAAAUCAGUACCAGGGUUCCAUUCGGCAUGCAUCAUGCUCUGAAGUUCAAGAUGAAUUGAACAUCCGGAAUGAGAUUGGUGACCAGGUUCAUGAAGUUGACAAAGUCAUCCAGGUUCUGAUGAAAGCCGGAUUGACGUCAAAUGCACUUCGAGACGCACAUUUGCACGGGGUUGAGCUUCGGCAUGCAGGGUUUGUUCAAUUGGCCAUUCCUGUACUGGCGCUGGGGCCCUUAUUCUUGCUGGGUUGGUGGCAUUUGGGGCGGUACAUUUUCUUGUUUUAUGAAAAAUAUCAUUCCAUUGCUGGAGUGUAUACAUUCAUGGCAUGCAUGGAAGCCACUUCAAUCGUUGCUAGGCUUGCCUUCUUGUGUUUGUUUUUCAGUCGCUCCAUCGAUGAAAGAUGUUUUAUGCUGAACGUGAUGGCCAAGAUUGUGACCGUAUUCUAUUUUUGCUUGGUGGAACUGGGUCCGUUGGGGAAUGAAGCUAUGUUUUCUUCACUACUCACUUUCUACAAUCUAUCCUUCUUGCUGGUGUUAUUCUUUGCUGCCUUGGGCAUCCGCGGCACAUUGAAGUUACCUUGCGGACGGUUUUUGGCCCAGUUCUUCUUGUCUCGCCUGGUGGGACCUGCUUGCGGACCCUCCCCGUCGGAGAGCGACGCAUCGGAUUCUGAAAGCUCCAGUAGCUGA